CCCUACUUCCCCAUGCGCGCCGCUCUCGGCUGUCACCAGUUUCAUUGUCUGUGCCCAUGAGUAGAGGGCUCCAUUUCACUCCGUUUGCUUCGUAUCUAGCUUUACACAGUUUCCCGUGCUUGCCGCGAUCUGAGCACAAGUCCUACCGCGCACUUGUUCGACAGCAUACAACUUCUGGGCGGUGACCGAACCGAUGGAGAUCCAUUCCGUUUUACCUGAAGAGCGAGCACGAGAUCCAAAAGGCGAGACUCUUCCUUGGGGUUAUCGCUAUGCAGACUCGGCGAGAAAUGCAAGACAACUACCAGAAGAGAGCGGGCCUUUUGGUCGCAAUCGAAGCAUAAGAUCCACAGCAUCACGAACGCCGCGUGCGAGGACAGGCACUACACCGGUUCGACAAAAGGAGAAUACUGCCGUCGCCGAGUUCGGGAGGUUGUUUGCAAAGGAACAGGCGAAGGAGGAAGAGAGGAAGACUACGCUGCCAUCUCCGCCGACGGCUUCAGGCGAAGCGCCCGCGACAGAACGGCCUAUCCAGCCAGAAGCCGUGCCCACGGAAUGUUUACUCUAUGGCUACGCGGGCAAACAAUCGGAAUGGAAGGUCCUAUCUAAAUUCGAAAAGAUUGUCUCCCCCGGUAUAAUUUGCGAAGACUACCCGCGAGAAGACCCCAGUCUGUACCUCUCCACGAACUCUCCGUUUGGCCUUUCGAGAGGCUCAGUGGUGGUUCAUCAGAACCUAAGUCGUGAGGCGAUUAAGAAGAGUAGGAUAUACUGUGGUGGGAACCACUGGAUCAAGGUCACAUUCGACUCCUACCAGGCUGCAGAAAGAGCAUGCUUUUAUAGCCCCAUCGACAUUGAUGGCUACAUGAUCCAUUGUGAGAUGUGGCACGGGAAAGGCCCCGCAGCAGAUGUUCCCUUGCCGAAAGGCCCUGCCUUUGGACCAGAUGGGUCAGACCUUCUACAGCCACAGCCACCGCGACAGCUUGACGACGGUCGAAGAGUACGGACGUUAAGCUCGUCACAAUCCUCGCGGAUGCUAUCGGGCAAGCAGUCGGCCAUGGCAGGCUUCGAACGGGCACUGCAGACCCUCCCCCGAUCUCACACAAUGCCCGACAUGCAAUACGGCCAGCCUCUUGACCACGAAGACGAGCAAGUCUCUAUCAAUUCCGCAACCGCCUCUUCGGCAACCGCCACCGCCACCGACCUAGCUCCUCCUCAGCCAUUCUCACCGCCUGGUCUACGUUCUCGCUCCGUGCCACAGCUGCCCAGUGAAACCGCCCAGCAACCCCGGGACUCGGAAUACAUGACACACAUCAAGAACGUGAAAAAAGUGGUCUUGCGACCGAUGUCAGAAGCUCUCCCCCCGCAGCCGACAUUCGCGGAGAGAGUUCUGAGGAGUAUCCCCAUUGUGUCGUACUUCGUGGGUAGCACAAAGCACGGAACAACCGGGAGACAGGAUGUUAUAGGGGAGGGACCACUGCUCAAGGACGACGGGAGCUGGGAUCCAGCUAAUGGCUGGUACUGGAGCUUCUGGCACGGCGUGGACAGGUGGUUUGGGACGGACUUUUGUGGUCUGAAGGACGAUUGAGGGUGCCAGGACAUUGUACAGACUGAUCCAUCACUCUCAAUGCAGACACGAAUUGGAAAGCGCACAUGAAUAAUUCAGCUAUGCGAAAUUGGCGAUUCCUACACUCGAGGCGAAAACUAACGAGGCAGGCUUUCCAGUGGAGAUGGUCAUCAUCACGGGGGAAGGCUUAACGCGUCACGAGCGACAACAUCUCCAAAAAUCAUCCAGAAGAUUGGGGGAACCAACAGGAGGGACUGAAAGGUGGUCUCUGGCACCGAUUGGACUCCUGUUCGGCACCGUUUUCCCCCUACUAGGCUGGGAUCGGAUUCUUUUGGGCUGCGGUUCUCCCAGUGUGCAAUCAUGUAGUAGUAGUAGUAAUUGUCCCACCACCCCUGAUCUCUCUCCCAUAUGGUUCCUUUUUGGCGGUGGCAGUGGCAGUGGCAGUGGCAGUGGCAGUGGC